AUGUCUGAAAACGCAAGCCCCUCUCCAGUUCCACCCCAAGACCCGGCCCCAAACCCGAUUCCGGUUGACCCCAAUAAUGAUACAGGCGACGUAAUUAUGCCCGACCCGUUGCUAGAAUCCGGCUCUUUCAUUGACGCCGACCAAAACGAGGCUGAACCGGAGACGCCACCAAACCACCAGCAACAACCAAUUGCCGAGGAGGAGCAAGGAUCGGGCUCCGGCAUUGCUGCGGAGCCGAUUUCGGUGGCCCCCCCUGCUGAUGGCUCGGCUGGGACGACUAGGCCGUCCAUAAAGAGAAACCUAGAGGAGAUGGCAAAAAGGCCGAGCUGGUUGCCUGAUGCCUGGACGAUAGAUUUGAGGGUCCGUUCCUCUGGAGCCACAGCUGGAACCAUCGAUCGGUAUUACAGAAAUCCUGCAGGAAAGAAAUUCCGUUCAAAGAAUGAAGUGAUGAACUUUCUGGAAACAGGAAGUAAGAAAACGAAAAAGCCAAAUGAUGCAGAAGCUACGCCUUCUAAGAGUCCUGCAAGCAAAAAACAAAAGAAGUCGAGCUCAAAGCGCAAGAAGUCUGAGGCUUUGAAGUUUGAUUUCGAGAAUCCACCAACUGCUGUCAGCUGGAUUUGCACAAAUGCUCCUGAAGAGACAUGGACUGCCCGGGUUGACAACAAACGGGUGGCUGAAUCUCGCCAACGUGAGUGGGCUGCUGCAUUUGAACAUGCCACUCAACGCAAACCGAGUGAGGGGGCCUCUAACUGA